CUCACUCAAACACACACACACACACCUGACCUCCCUGUCUGUCUAUGUGUGUCUGCAACAGUCCACGGAACAUGACUGAGAGAGAAGCAGCGGAGUUGUGCGUAAUGAAGCUCCACGACAGUCUGACAUAAACGCGGAAAAGACCAAAGAAAGAAAAUGGGAACGGCGAGUGAGGACGUGCUCGUGACGCUGCAGAUUCUCCCUGGUUUCUUUUCCAACUGUCUCUUCUUCAUGCUCUAUGACUCUGUGGUGCUGCUGAAGCGCGUCGUGGCGCUGCUCAGCAGCUCCAGGUCCGGAGGUUCCGCUGAGUGGCGCCGCAUGUUCACCUCCGCGGGUCUGCGCUCCAUCUGGAACAGUUUCCUGCUGGACGCGCACAAGCAGGUCAAACUUGGCCAUGAAGCACCAAACUCUAAGGUGGUGGUGGUGCCUGGUGGCCCCCGCAGUAACGCCACCACUCUGCCAAACGCUGCCAGGACCCGGAAUGGGGACGAAUGCCAUCUUCUGGAUUUUGAGUCAUUAGACCGCCCUCUGGUGGUCAACUUUGGCUCAGCCACCUGACCCCCCUUCAUCAGUCACCUGCCAGCUUUCCGGCAGCUGGUGGAGGACUUCAGUGACGUGGCAGACUUCCUGCUGGUGUACAUUGACGAGGCUCACCCGUCUGACGGCUGGGUGGCUCCUCCCAUGGGCUCGUCCUCUUUCAAUGUACGUAAGCACCAGAACCUGGAGGAGAGGCUGGGAGCAGCGCGGAAGCUCACGGAGCAUUUCUCGCUGCCGCCACAGUGCCGGCUGGUGGCGGACUGCAUGGACAACAACGCUAACGUGGCGUACGGCGUGGCCAAUGAACGGGUGUGCAUAGUGCAGCACAAAAAGAUUGCUUACCUGGGGGGGAAAGGCCCUUUCUUCUACAGUCUGAAGGACGUGCGGCAGUGGCUGGAGCAGAGCUACGGUAAACGGUAGGAGAAGAGGACGACUGUGAACUCAGGCCAAAACUGCCCCCACUCUGAGACCAGCACUUAAAAAACAAAGACACAGAUCACGUCUCUGCUUCACCUGGAUUUAUGCCGGCUACUAACCAAAUAACUUAGGAAGAGCUCAAACGUUCCUAUUUUUAUGAACCUGCUUCUUAAGGUUUUUUAAUGUCACCUUCGUAUUCACUAUUUCAACAUCUUCAAUUCAAUCAUUCUUUUCCUUUCUGGGAAAAAAUUCAUUGAUACAAAAUCGUUUGAUAACUAUUUUUUUAUAGUGCCCAUAAAAAGUAUUUUCCUGUGUACAGCACUGAACCAGAGUCCAUCAAAUGUGGCUUUGAUGGACAAUGACAACGACGACGACGACGACAACAACAACAACAACAAGAGCCUUUUACAUGCAUGGAGUCACUAGUGGCAGCUGGAGAUCACUAGUGACAGAAAACUCCAGCCACUCACUUCCUUCCGGCUGGAGGUUUGGCUUCUGACACGAAACAUGUUUCCUGUGUAGCUUUGACGAUGCUCGGCUAUAAUGUCCAUGGGACCAAAUGAAUCCGACAAUUCCACGUGACAAUUAUUCUGACUAAACAGCAAUUCACACGCACUUAUAUCACUUUACCUUAUAUUUGGGUGAGAAACAGAGAGGAUACUGUAUAUCCAUUCAUCCAUCGUCCACAUGAGGGUCAGGGGCUGCUGGUGCCAAUCCCAGCUGACACAGAGUGAAAGGCAAUGGACAAGCAUUCACUCUCAAACUACAGGCAAUGUAGAAAAGAUCUGUCCAACAAAUGUUUUUCUUCUGUGCACAGGCUGCUUGUUUUAUUUCCUACCUUC